GGCUCGCUGUGGGCGGGGCGUGGCCAUGGCGCAGGGUCCCGCGCACGGCCCCGGGCGCUGCUGCUGCUGCGGGGCGGGGGGCGGCGGGGAGCGGGGCGCGGCCUGGGGGCUGCACCUGCGGAUCGACCGGCAGCGCCUGCACUGCCUCAACGAGCGCCGCGACGGCAGCGGAGCCCUCGUCUUCCGCGCCUGGGAGGAGCGCGGCGACCGCGGGAAGUUCGUGGAGAGCGACGAGGACGCGGAGCUGCUCUUCAACGUGCCGUUCACGGGCAGCGUCAAGCUGAAGGGCGUCAUCGUCAUGGGCGAGGACGACGGCUCGCACCCGGCGGAGAUGAGGCUGUUCAAGAACAUUCCUCACAUGUCCUUCGAUGAUGCAGCCAGGGAACCGGAUCAGAUGUUCAGCCUGAACCGGGACCCCACGGGCGAGCUGGAGUACCCCACCAAAGUUGCCCGUUUCUCCAGCGUUAACCAUCUCUCCAUCCACUUCCCGAAGAACUUUGGAGCAGAGACAACCAAGAUAUUUUAUAUAGGCCUCAAGGGAGAGUGGACAGAGGCCGCCCGGCACGAGGUGACCAUCUGCAGCUACGAGGCGGCGCCCAACCCGGCCGAGCACCGGCUGCAGCAGCUCACCCCGCAGACGCACUUCAUCUCCUAGCGCCGCCUGGGCGGGACGGCCGGGGGGCUCCGGGGGGCUGCGGCCCGGUACCGGCCCCGCUGUGAGCCCCCCCCCGGCGCCGGCCCCUCCUCGCUGCCAAUAAAGGACCGGGCUCGGA